UUGUGGUUAUGUUUAUGUGUUAUGUAGUUAUAUUUAUUUAAUAUCAUAAACCAAAAUAGAUGCUUAAACUUUGAAUUUGGAGUAAUUUUGGAGUUUGGAAAAUGACUAAAACAUCAGGAGAACAACAUAUAGAAUAUGUUCCCUCCAAACUACUUACAAAUAUCUUCCAACUGGAUGUUUUAGAAAGAAAAAUAACAUGCCAAGUAAUUAAAAUGAAGGAUUCUGUUAUUAUAUAUGUAAAUGAAAAUGAUACACCUGAAUUUAAUAAUUUAGCAUUAGCCAUGAAGGAUCGCUACAGUAGUGAACCAAUUAGUACUGUUCUAGUGGGUGACUUCAAUGAAGAUUUUUCAAAAAAUACAACUUCUAAAUUAUGUAAAAAGUUGAAUAAGGUGGUUUUUUUAAGUUGCAAUGUAAGUCAAGAUAGGUUGUUAAUGCCACUUUUGGAAAAACAAAUAUAUGAAAAAAUUAAGAGUUCUCCAGAUAUGUUUUAAUGUAAAUGUAAUUUAUUUAAUUUUUAUAAAUAAAAACUCAAAGAAUCAGUCU